AUGGCUUCUAAAGCUACGCCAGGUGACCUAGAUAAUGAACCCAGCACCAGUGACCUACACAAUAUAUCUCAGGCAGAGAUGGAAAUGAUCAAGGUCCUGAGUGCCACGGGUAAAUUCAAUAUAACACCCAAAAAGGAAAAACUUCCAGGUUUUGGGGAGGGUUUCAUUAAGACGAGUACUCCUCAUGUUGGUAGGUUUGAGGAUGAAUAUGAGGCCGACCGUGGACAGCUUAGCUAUCAGGCUAUACCCAAGAUACCUCCAUUUUCUGGAGAAGAGCCUCCUAUUAAAGGAGACGUGACCUAUAGGGAAUGGCGUUUUGAGGUGCAGUGCCUCACAGAUGACCCAGACAUUUCAGAUAGUGUUUUGGCUCAGUCCAUUCGUAGGUCGUUGCGUGGUACAGCGCGACGAAUGCUUAUGUCAUUAGGGAAUAGUCCAGAUUUGACAUUAGUCCUCUCCAAAUUGGAUAAUUUAUUUGGAGACAUCAGUACAAAUGGCAUGAUUAUGCAAGAAUUUUUUAAUUCUUGUCAAAAACCAGAUGAGUCAGUCACAGAUUUUGGCUGUCGUCUGGAGUCAAUGCUACAUGUAGCUGUUGAGCAUGGCUAUUUGGAUAGGUAUUCAAAGAGCGAGUUGCUACGGCAUAAGUUUUGGACUUCGUUGUCUUCGGAUAGAUUAAAGAGUCAGACUAGGCAUAAGUAUGACACUAUUAAAGAUUUUGACCUGUUGCUUAGGGAAAUUAGAAGAGUGGAGAAAGAGUUGAGCUUACAAGAUACAGCUAGUGGCUCUAAUAACAUCAAACCUUCUACAACUUCUUCUUCGAAGGUAAAGGCCCGACAGCAGUCGGUUACCACUGAGUCGGUGUCUGAUGGUCAAUCACUAGAACAGAGGUUUCAGUCCUUGGAAAAGGAUAUGAAGGCACAAAUGCAGCUGGUUUUGAACAAGCUUGAUAGUUUAGGGAAAAGUUCAAGUGACGAUGGUAAGAAAGGGAAUAGUUUCAAAAAGAAGGGUUACUACGGUAACAACUCUAAGGGUCAAGGUCAAGGUCAACAACAAGGUCAAGGUCAAAAACAGGGCCAAGGUCAAAAGAAAGGUCAAGGUGAAAAUAAGAGCCAAGGUCAGGGUAAAAACCCAAAAGAGUAG